GUUGUUCGCGGCAUCCGGUAGGGCUCAGCUCAAAUAUACCGCAGUACAUUUUAGAUAGCCUAGCUACCUAGCUCUCUUGGUCUAGGCUAGGCCUAUACAAAGCAGGCAAGAGAAUACACGUAGAAAAGGCGUCUAAAGAGAAAUUUACAUAGCAAGACAUCAUUAUGGCAGAAAACAAUCAGUCCGCAGAUGCUAUUUCCAACAUGGAAGCAGGACCAGCCGGAGAUUCCAUGGAAGAUGUGGAAGAUGAAGAAGUAGGUGUGCAAGAGCGUGUCAUAGAUGACAAAGUCAACUUGGUAUUACAGAAUCCACAAGUCCUAGCAUCACUACAACACCAAUUAGACAGCCUUGUUGGUCAGCAGAGUGGCUAUAUUGAAAGUUUACCAAAAGUUGUGAAGCGUCGUAUCAAAGCCUUGAAGAAGCUACAGCUAAAUCACACAAAGUUAGAAGCUAAAUUUUAUGAGGAAGUUCAUCAAUUAGAGUGCAAAUAUGCUAAACUUUAUGAAGGUCUCUAUGAAAAGAGGAAAGAUGUAGUUACAGCACAAAUUGAGCCCACAGACUCGGACUGCGAGUGGGAGAGUAGCGAGGACGAAGAGGAGGAGGAAGAGGACAACAAGCUUGCUGUAAGUGAGCCCCAAGGGUCUGUUAAUGAGCUGAAAGAAAAAGCACAAUUAGAAGACAAAGAGGAAGAGAAUCCACCAGGCAUACCAGAAUUUUGGUUAACGAUAUUAAAGAAUGUCGACCUGUUGGCGGAUAUGGUGCAGGAGCAUGAUGAACCAAUCCUGAAGAAUCUCCGAGAUGUCAAGGUCAAAUACUGUGAGAAUCCCACUAUGGGUUUUACGUUAGAAUUCUACUUUGAUGAAAAUGAAUAUUUCACGAAUCAAGUGCUUAAGAAACACUACACAAUGAAAUGUGAACCGGAUGAAUCAGACCCAUUUAGCUAUGAAGGACCAGAAAUAUUCAGUUCAGUUGGGUGUUCUAUUGAUUGGAAGAAGGGCAAGAACGUAACUGUGAGACUGGUGAAAAAGAAACAAAAACACAAGGGUAAAGGAACAACCAGGGUAGUAACCAAAACUGAGCAAAAUGAUUCAUUUUUCAAUUUCUUCAACCCACCAGCUGUUCCAGAAGAGGGCGCUGAAGUGGAUGAAGAGACAGAAUCACUUUUGAGUGCAGAUUUUGAGAUCGGGCAUUUUUUUAAGGAGCGUGUUGUUCCCCGAGCGGUACUGUAUUUCACAGGGGAGGCCAUAGAGGAUGAUUUUGAGGAAGAAGGCGAGGAUGAUGAUAACGAGGAGGAGGAAGACGAAGAUGGAGACUAUGAUCCAGCUAAGGAUACUAAACCCUCAGAAUGCAAACAACAAUAGAUGACUUUCAACCUGUUCCAUUGCACAUGCAGUGCAGCGAAGAUGUUGCCUUGAUCUCUGUGUUUUUAACUUGCACAAACCUUACCCCACCUAUUAUCAACUAGCGAAGUUAUAAACAAUUAUUCUAUCUGCAGUAGUGUUUCGGAAGUACAUACUUGUAAAAAGUCUUGAGAAACAUCAUGAAACUGUUCGUUAAAGGUAUUGUGUUGGAAUUGUUGUGGAUAAGUUUUUUUUUUUUAUUUAGUUUUUUUUUCGUUUAUUUUGUCGUUGAGCUUAACAUAUUCACACAAAGAAGUUUAUAAUGAGCACUCCUUUUAAACAGGUUAUAAGAGAUGUGUAUUUGUCAUUGUUUCCUUAUGAAAAAUAGUAAAAAAAAAAGUCUGCAGUAGUUGUUCUGGUCUUCUACUAUCACUCUCAUUCUUGUGGAUGUAACUUAAAUAUAUGAUAAUGAUUGUCAUUAAAAUGAACUAAUUUAGCCUUGAAUACCAAUUUUGAUUCUUGGGUAUUCAGUGUAUAUAGCUCUGUAUUUUGUACAAGAAAACAUUGAGAAUCUACCGCCCUCAUAUUUACAGUUAGUCCGGCCAAUCAGACAGUUGUUUAGUUUUGAGUGAUGCUAUAAUUUUUGAACCAAAUUACAAGGCCAAUUACACUUCAAUUAAUGCUUAUUAAAUACUUAAAAUAUAAAUGUAUUUUCUAUGUUGAUUUCAAAGUGAUAUCAGGAUAAUAUAAAUAUUUUGUAAUAGAUGCCUCCCUAAGGAGCACGGUGAGAGUGUUUUUUUGCACUGGUUUUCUCGUUUCCAAAACUCAUAAAUAUACAACGUUAUCUCUCUUAAUUCACACAAGCUCUGGUCAUCUCAUCAAUAUGACAAUAAUGAGAAAUACAAUUCAAUUUCUACUGGCAUUCAGAUACACCACAAACUAUUUGUGUUGUAUUAGUUUGACAUUUAGCGUACAUGUACUAUACAGUAUAUUCAAAAUUGCCAGUUUUAAAUUCUGGUGGAGAUGGAUCGUUUACCAGUGCUGCUCCAUAAUCUUCAAUACAUUUUUCUUAUUUUAUUCCAUGCACUAAUUUGAUGAUAGUGCAUGGUUUUUUUCACCAUUAUACAUUCACUAAAGCCAUCAAUGUUUUAAUGGCAUGUUAUUUACUUUUUUUCAUUGACAAAUGAAAAUUGCAUAGAGUAAAUUCGGUAAAUGUGGCAUUCAUAGAGCAAAGAAAACUAUCGAAACAUGCAAAAUGUGAUUUAAUCUCAUUGAUAAAGGGAAAUUUAAGAAAUUUCUAGAUUUCAUAGAGGCUAAACAGACUAAUAGACUGAAAAAUAUUUUGACUGGGAGUAUUUUAGAUCUACUUAGAGGCACAAUGAAUGACCCUGGAUAUGGCAUUGGUAGAGGAUAUGGGGCAGGGGAGGAGGAUAGGCCAAGAUGAAAUUUUUCCUCAGUUUUACAUCAUUUGAUUGGCUUAAACUGUAAAACAAUUAGUAUAGCAGCUUGCAUUAAGCUACAGUAACAGGAAAUUUUGUACUGGGCAUCAGAAAAUUUCUUAGGCUCUAUUGGCUUUAUUUGCACAAAUUAGUGCAUAGAAACCUGCUAUACAAAUUGCUUGAUAUUGUAUCACUGUAUUAUUUGGGGCAAACCAUUUAUAAUUCAAACUAAUGUUUUACUUUUUCUUAUUGCAAUAUCUUUCUACAAAGUUCCAUAUUUAAUUGUUACCGAUAGCUUCCGAGGUCACUUAUACUAAUAUGUAAUUAUUGAAAUUAUUACAGCUAAAAGUAAUUUUGUUGGCAUUGUUGAUGCUUCCUAGUUGACCAGUAGGGCAGUUACAUAUAUGCAAAUGAUGCAACAACAGAACUGGACAGGAAAUGAACGAAAACAAUGCUGAAUGACUUUAUGCAUUGAGUUUGAAAAUGAGUCCGAGAUAAUACCCUAUUCAGGCUAGACUACAUUUGUGAUACGAUGCAGCAAGUGCUUUAAAUGAUCGCACAAAAUCACAAUCGUGUGUGAAAGCUCACCAAUAGUAAUUGAGAUCACGGUUUGUUGUCUGUUUUCAAUAAAUUCUACUGACAAUGAUUGGCUGAGGUCAGUCAAACCAUUGUAAAGUUUUUUGUCUGAAUUUGCCUUAAAAUUAUGGCAUUGAAUGAGAGUAUUCAAAUUUGGAUUACCACCAAUUACAUCGCAAGUCUAGUCUGUCCGAGUAAGGGUAUAUGUGUUUUGUGAGCAUUACUAAUAUAGUUUAAAAUGUGUAGAUGUUGUGUGACCUUCCUUAAUGUUUUUGAAGGUACUUGCUUUGAAUUCAGAUAUUGACGAGAAAUUUGGCAACCUGUCUGUACUCUGUAUGAAUAACUUGCUUUAUCUAUCCGAUGUCUAGUAACAAAAACCACUGUCAUUUAUAAAAUAUGUUACUGAUAUUGUUUGUCAAAUAGUACAUUAAAAGAUGAAAUGGUA